UGAAAAGCCUCCCCGGAUGUGCUCCUCUGACAGUAGGAGCCGUUAAAGCUGAGCUGUUAGUUUGUUCAGAUUGUUUCCGUCGACGACUUUACCCGAGUGUGAGCGAGCAGACAGACACGGAGGAUUUACACACAUCAGGAGGAGAACUCCCAGACAGUCUUCUUCUCUCCCUCCAGGACAGCCUGCUUUAAAAAAGAAGAAGAAGAAGAAGAAGAAGAAGAAGAAGAAGAAGUCGACGCCAUGGAUCCCGCCAGCCAAGAUAUCAACCUGAACUCUCCUAACAAGGGCCUCACUGUGGAGCACCCAGACACCCUCUCCGACGUGCCGGUGGAGGGAGCGGUGGGAAACGCGGUCAACCCUCUCCCCCCCGGCCUGACGGAGGAGGAGGCCGAGGAGCUCCGCAUCGAGCUCACAAAGGUGGAGGAGGAGAUCAACACCCUGCGCCAGGUCCUGUCAGCCAAAGAGAGACACUCCACAGAGCUGAAGAGGAAACUCGGCCUCAGCCCGCUCAACGAACUCAAGCAGAACCUCACCAAGGGCUGGCAAGACGUACAGACCUCCAACGCGUACGUAUUGAUCAACACGGUGCUUUUAAAGUGUGUUUAAUAUAUUGUUAUAUUC